UCUCCUAUAGUAUAACCACCAAACAAACAAACAAACAAACACUAUUCUUCUUCUUCUUCUCUUCCUCUUGGUUCAACUCACUCACCCUCAACACUAACACUAAUAUUCGAAUCUAAUCUAAUCUCUUAUGGCAGAUCAACAAACUUCUCACCAACCCAGUCGUUUACAGAAGCGAGCACCUUCUUCCUUGCAAAUUAACCGUUCCCUUCAAUGGAACGUCGCCAUCCCCCUCCUUUCUCCGUUAGCUUCUUCUCCGCCUCCCCAACCAAUAGAUACCAGACCCUCUCAGGAUCCGUCUCACCGCCAUCAAGGAACCGCCGCCGAACCGGAGAAAGUCGUUGUCACGUUUAAAAACUGGCAGCACCCAGCGGCUCCUUUCUGCUACGACCCGGCUCCGAUUGUGCCUCCGUUUGUUCCCGUGUAGUUAAUGAUGAUGAUCUGAUAGUCCGUAAUAAUAUUUAGUCAGAAAUUAUCAGAAUCAAUAGAUCUAAUCCAACGGUCUAUCUUUUUUUUUCUUUCAAUUUGAUGGGGAAAAGUUUUUUCCGAUUUUGCACGCUGGGGGCUAUGCUAUGAUGAAUAAAUCAACAGACCCUGUGUGUUUCUUUCUAUUUUUAGCUUUUCCCCUUUUUACUCCUUUAUUAUAUUUAUAAUUAUUAUUUUUAAUUUUGGGGUUUCGAUUAGAUUAUUACUUCAUAGGAAUAUGUAACCCCUUUUUAUUUGCGCAAUCUGUUUCUCUAUCAAUUAGAUUGUAUAUAUAAAAUUUGAAGCAUAUUGUUAAUGUUUAUUAAUAUUAUUAGUAUUUAAUUCAA